CUUUAUAUAAUCUAUCAUCUGUUCAAUUUCAAGGAAGCAAAGCCCUCUCUUCCCCCCCAAAAAAGAAAAAAGCAGCACCCUCUUGAGUCUUCCUGAUGGAACUACGAAUUCCUUAUUCCUUUCCCUCAUGUCUUGCUACAUUAAAUCACCAAAGAAAUGCAACUGCACUAACAAGGAAACAUACGAAAAGAGGCAAGCAAUGCCUAUAAGUAUUACCCUCCUUCAUUAUCGUCUCAGCAAAGUUCAAUGAAACACAAGUGAAUCAACGACGAUCAGCUAAUUAUCACCCAAGUAUUUGGGAUCAGAAACUCAUUGAGUCCUUUACCACUCCCUACUCAUAUGAGAUCCAUGCCACUCGGCUUGAGGGGUUGAAGAAAGACGUUAAAACUUUGUUGACAUCCACAAAAGACCAAAGUGUCUUACUGAGGCUUAUAGAUUCAAUGCAGCGGCUAGGAGUGGCUUACCACUUUGAGCAAGAGAUAGAAGAGGCUUUGAAAUUUCAACGUCCAGAUGUUACUAGCGAUCUUUACACAGCCGCAUUGCAUUUUCGGAUUCUAAGAGAACGUGGUUUCCCAGUUAGCUCAGAUGUGUUUGACAAAUUCAGAAGCCGAGAUGGGAGAUUCAUAGACAGCUUAAGCAGGGAUGUGGAGGGACUUUUGAGUUUGUAUGAAGCCUCGCACCUUAGAAUGCAUGGAGAAAAUAUAUUGGAAGAAGCCAGGGAUUUUAGUAUCAAAAACCUGACUUUAUUAAUGGAAAAAUUGGACAGUAAUUCAGCUAAGAAAGUGAAACAGUCACUGGAAAUCCCCUUAUAUUGGAGGAUGCCUAGAGUUGAAGCUCGGAACUUUAUUGAUGUCUAUCAAAAGGAUAAUACAAAGAACUUGACCUUACUUGAGCUGGCUAAGUUGGAUUACAAUUUAGUGCAAUCCGUGUAUCAACAAGAACUCAAGGAGUUAGAAAGGUGGUGGAGAGACUUGGGUUUUAAAGACACGCUAACUUUUUCAAGGGACCGAGUGAUGGAGAAUUAUAUGUGGGCCGUGGGUAUCAUUUUUGAGCCCCAGUUCUCCAAGUGCAGGAUAGGCCUCACUAAAUUUGUAUGCAUAUUACUAGUUAUUGAUGACAUGUAUGAUGUAUAUGGAUUGCUAGAUGAGCUUGAAUGCUUCACCGAUGCAGUGAAACGAUGGGAAAUGAAGGCAAUGGAGGACCUACCCGAAUACAUGAAGAUUUGCUAUGUUGCUAUUCUUAACUUUGCUAAUGAAAUGGCUGGUGAUGUAAUCAAAGAUCAUGGCUUGAAUAUUCUGACCUAUCUUAUUGAAGAGUGGGCAACUCUUUGUAGAUCACAUUUAGCAGAAGCAAAGUGGUUUUACAGUAAAUACGUUCCUACAGUGGGCGAGUACCUGGAAAAUGCUUGUGUUUCAGUGGGUGGUCCUGCAGCCAUGUUUCAUGCCUAUAUUCUGCUUGGUCGCACCUUGACAAAAGCUUCUAUUGAUUGUUUCAAGAAUGGCACAGAGAUAAUAUAUUGGUCAUCCCUCAUUACUCGACUUAGUGAUGAUUUAGGGACUUCAGAGGCUGAGAGCAAGAGAGGUGAUGUGGCAAAAUCCAUCCAUUGCUACAUGGUACGAGAAGGCAUAACCGAAGUUCAAGCAAAACAGUGCAUAAAGGAAUUAAUCAACUAUUCAUGGAAAAAAUUGAACAAAGAGAGUGCCAAAAAUUCGUUGCCAAGAUCAAUGGUAAAUAUGUCACUAAACAUGGCCCGAACUGCUCAGUGCAUCUACCAACAUGGAGAUGGAAUCGGAACAUCGACGGGAGCCAUUAAAGACCAUUUAACCUCCUUAAUUGUUAAAGCAAUCCCUAUUGAAGAAACUUGUAGUAUGAUUUGAUUAUGAAGAUCCAACAUGUGUAUCUCUUGUAGGCUUCUUGGGCUAUAGUUUUUCCAUUGGAAUGUUUUAGUAGGUGGCACUAUGUGACUUCUUGUUCCAAGGCUAUGAGACGGAUCGGGAAAACUAAUGUUUAAAGAUUCUUUAACCUC